AUGGUUGCAAGCACGGCAAAUAUCUCUACUAGGGUGUCGUUGAGAUGGCCGCCGGAGCCUGCGUUCGAGACGACAGACACGGCCGCGCUCUCGGUGGCCGGAUGGUACGUUGAUCUACGGAUAGAUCGUGAGUCUGGCAAGGUUGAAUGGGCGAUGGCUGGCCAGAGGGUCGUCGAAAGCACAUCACCGUCUAUCGUCGUCUUUACUCAUGCCAUCGACUCGCUCCAGCUCUUCGAUACAGCGGACAUGGGUACGUUUAAGAAGCUCCCUAACGGAGACGACCUCGAGACCGGCAAGAUGGCUCGCUAUGAUCUACCAGGCGCUCCAGUUCGUGAAUAUGAGGAGAUCUGGAGGAGCCUCGAGAUUCCCCAAACGGCACCGAAAGGACGGGGUUAUUCAUGGAUUCUCGAGUCGGAGGAGAUGCUACCGAAUAUGACAGCACUCAAGCAAGAGGACAAGGAUGUCAAAGUGGUCAAGACGUUUCUGGGCCGUGUCCCGGGCCAUUAUAUUGCCUUGAGACAGACGCAGUGGUAUGAGAGGAAGCAGGUCGAUGGUAGAUGCGUUGUGACCAAGGUGGGAGGUGAGGUUUCUGGGCGGAGGGAGAUGUGGGAUGCCGCCACUGGAAAGGACGCGGCUGUCACGUACACGGUCGGAGAUGAAGGAGAGAACCUCCCAUCCCUGGUGGCAGCUGGGGAGAGUCUGCAGUUAUGCGGCGAGGGCGAAGGCGACUGGCGUUCUCCUGGUCGCACAGUUAUGGUUAACGGUACGAGAUAUCUCGUUCGCGCAUUCGAAGAGCUUCCACAGUAG